AUGCCAAAUGAAAAUGACUUACACCAAUACGGUGUAGGAAUAUUACUAAAUGCUAAAUUCCGCGAUUCUAUUAAAGUGUCGUUCGAAAAAUAUAUCGGUUGUUCAGAAGAUGUCAACGAAAAUGAUAAAGACGCUUUUUAUGACAAGCUAAGCGCUGCAAUUGCUGAAGCACCAAAGAAAGAUUUUAAAAUUGUGAUGGACGACGUUAAUGCUAAAAUUGGAGAAGUAAAUGAAAAUUUAGAGCACGUCAUUGGAAAACAUGGCCUUGGUGACAUGAAUGACAAUGGCGAACGCCUUGUAGAGAUAUGUGGUAUAAAUGAACUAAAAUUGGAGGCACGCUUUUCCCGCAUAAAACAAUACAUAAAAUAA